AUGGCUUAUAUCAGCGGGCCUAGUGUUUCAUAUGGCUACCUGAAUUCAUCUGAGAAUUCAGACAAAUUUAUAAGUAAUCCAUUUGAAACAGAUAACGAACACAAAGUGAUGUGUAGGUCUGGUGAUUUCAUGAAAUUGAUACACUGUGAAGCCACUGGAAAGCGACUGCUGAUGUAUGAAGGUCGAACAGAUAAUGUGAUUAAUUUUCAUGGAAUAGAAAUGGCAUUUUGUGAUAUUAAAGAAGUGGAACAAGUCGUGGUUGUGUUCCGUGAUGAAGUAGAACAAACAUUGGUGGCAUAUUGUAAACCUGUGGAUGGUGUCAAGGAAUGGAAACAAGAAUCAGUGUAUCAACAGUUAAAGUUCAUAUUGCCUUCGACUGUGAUUCCUACCAUUGUUCCUGUUAACAACUUCCCAUUGUUACCAAACGGUAAGAUAAACAAAAGUGACCUCGCCAAAGAAAGUGCAUUUCGCGUGGAAAUGAAGACAGAUGAAAAUGAUUACUCGUUCAAAGCAUUAAUCAUUCGUUCUGCAGUAGCUAGAGUGUUAAAUCUGACAGAGAGAGACGUAUCUCUGAAACAUAAUUAUUUUCAACUUGGCGGUAAUUCAUUAAAUGCCGUGGAGGUUAUUAUGAAACUUCGAGCAGGUGGUUUAACUGUGGAAAUGAUGGACUUCUUUGCAGCCGAAUGUUUGAAAGAUGUUAUUGACCCAACAAAGAAAACGACGACAAAAAGUGACAUAGAUGAAGAUUAUGAAAUAGUAUAUAUUAAUGUUGUCGCUAAAGAAGACAUCGAUAAUGCGUGUUUGAUGGCUGCUAUUCGUUUUGUUGAUACAAAUCCACUCAUUGCGUCAUUGAAUGUAGAUCGUCAACGAGCCAUUGAUUGGCUUAUGACUUAUUUCGAACAUUUACUUUUGCAUUCUAAGGAGUUUUCAUUCCUGAUUUAUCGAAAAAGUGAUCGACGCAUUGUGGCAGUUUCCCAAAAUGAAGAUCUUAUGAGCAGUAACAGACUUCAGGAUGAAACUUUAGGUAAUUGUUUGCCUCUACAAGCCCUCCCGGACGCGUUAAAUACAGCGAUUGAGGAAAUCAAAAGAUUGGUUCAAGUGAACGCACCAAGUCAGUGGUUACAUGUUGGUGUAUCAGCUGUGAGUGAUGAAGUAGAUAUUGAAUUAGUUCCACGUAUUCAGAAACUUGUUGACAUGGAAAUAAAUCGACUUGCUGGUCGUCUUGGUAUGUGUGGAAUUUACAACCAUGAUUUUACUAUUGCUGCAGCACUCUCUAUUGGAUAUGUCGAACUAAGUUCAUCUAAAUUGUUGCGUGAUUAUGAAUAUGAUGGGUAUAAACAUUUCAGUAACAUUCAUCCUGCUGAUCAUCGCUUUCAUUUCUUGAUUAAACAUUUGUAA